CCCACACAGCCAAUACUAAAUCAUGGAAAACUUUAAUUACAAAAUUUUCACUCUCAUUUCUUUGCAUUUCCUUUUCUUCACUUUCUUCAGCUUCAACCAGGCAGCCAAUUCCUCAAAGUUGCUCGACUUACCCCCACCAUUAAAAGGUAUUGCAUGUGCAGUAAUAGAUUGUGUGCAAGGAACAUGCAAGGACUCUAGUUCAUUUCUUGGUUUUGAGUGUGAGUGUUACCCUGGUUGGAAGGCAAUACAGAUUGGUUCUUUGACCUUCCCUGCUUGUGUUAUUCCUAACUGCUCAGUGAAUUUCCAAUGUGGGAUAGGAUCUCCAAUACCAUCCCCACCAGCAGCUCCAGUUUCACUCCUUGCAAAUGAUGCUUGUGCCUUUGUUUGGUGCGGGGAUGGAACAUGUGUGACCAAUGGAACAGGAUACAAAUGCCAGUGCAAUGACGGUUCAACGAAUUUGAUGGACAAGCCAACCUUAGCUUGUUUUAAGGAAUGUCACUUAGGAGGAGAUUGCAGGAAUCUUCAGUUAGGCUCGAUUCAAUCGUCACCACCAACACCGAGUCCAUCUGGUUCUUCAAGAAAUGGAAUUGGCGAAGUACCAAAUUGCUCAAGGAGUUACUACGCACUAACCGCAAUAAUGUUAGCAGCAAUCUUUCCAACUUGGGUGUAAAGUAGAUCAAGACGAUGAACACAAUGAUGACAGUGAUAAAUAUAGUUUGAUUAACACUCUUUUUUAGCCAAUAAUCAUAAGAUGUUUGUUAUCAAGUUGCAUAUUUGGGGGUAAAAUUUUGUGUUUAAAUUCCUAUUUGUAAUGCACCCAAGUUAGAAAAUGAUCAAUUUUAGUUUCUCCAUAUACUUGGUCCACAAAUUUGAGUUUCUCUUGUGCUCAAAAUCAUCAAGGAAAAGAGGCCUGAAAAAAAUGUUGGAGACAAUCUACCUUGUUAAGCAUUGCUAACAAAGAUGGUAUGAGGAUGUUGGAAAUUAGGCCAUUUAUCUUCUGAUUGGCUAAGA